GUCCCAGGCGCCAUUUUGUGCGCGGCUCUUUCCCAUUUUAGGCCGCGGGGAGAGGAAGGAGCGGGAAUGUCCGUGGGAUCGGCGGAGGGAGCGGCCGGGAGGCUCGUCCUGAGGUCCGCUGAGGCGGCACCGCGUCUCUUUCCGGCGGUAUGACCCCGUCGCUGGGUGAUGGUGGCGGUCCCGCUUUCGGCGGCGAUGGCGCAGGAGCGGGCCCGGCCGGACCCGGAAGUGGAGCGGCCGCCAUGGAGGCGCCGGGACCGCCCGCCGUGAGGGCGCGGAGCCGCCGGAGCGGCUCGAGCGCCCCGCAGAGACACACCCGGGGUGCAGGACUGCAGGUUCACAUUGGUGACGAUAGUUACAGCUGUCCUGGGGAAGUCAUGCAGUGUUUCAAAACAACUACACAGCACUGCAGGGAACCUGAAGAUUUGUGCAGCAGCUUUAAUUUAGAUGUGGCAAAGGAUUCUGUCAUCACCUGCAAUCAAGUGAUCAGCCUGUCUUUCAAAACUUGGAAGUACAGUUGCUGGCCUACACAAUUUGAAAUAAAAGCUAAGAGACAGUAAAAUGGAAAAUUUAUUAGUGCAAGUUGGUCAGUUGGUUUCUUCCAACAAGUACACAACAGCAUCCAUGCAUAAUGCAUUAUAAACAAACCUGGUCUAAGAUAAGAAAAGCUGGACUUGUUUUGGAGUAACAAUAUGUUACAUAUUGUCAUCGUCUGACUCAUCUUCCUCUUUCAAAGAUUCCUGUUUAAAAAAAGAAAGUGUAAUUAAAGAAUAGUCUAACAGUUGUUUUAGAAUUCAGCCUGCAAUAAACAAAAUGAAGUUUGUUGCAGUUUCACACCCCUCUCCCUCACUGUGUCCAAACCCUUGUAGUCAGCAGGAGAGUGGCAGGCACUGAAUUAACACUUGUGGCAGGCACUGAAUUAACAGUUUCUGAGAGCAAGAACUAUCCCUGGGUUACACUGUAGCCUUCCUUACUGUCCCUUCCCAGUAACACCAGCUAACACUGAGGGGAUGUGUCUUGGAAUGAUACAGUUUGUCAAGUGAAGCACUAAGACAACACUGAAAUCAGAACUUACCUUGGCAUAUUUUUCUGCUUCUUCUCUGAUGUCUUUGGGAACAAUUUCAUGUUUUCCAUUGGUUACUGCCAAUAAAAAGAGUGUCUUAAUUACAAUUCACACAAGGACCCUGACAUACAGAGUGAAUUUAACAAGCAAUGUUUUACUUUAAGUACAAAAAGUUACAUAUUUUCUGUAGUGUUUAUAGAAUAUAGAAAUGCAUUACUUUCUCCAACCCAGCUGAGUUCCAGCUCAAAAGCUUUAUCCUUUACUUCAUCGUGAACUAGGUAGAUUCUGAAAGGAACAGACAAAGAACAGAUUAGAACAGACUGACCAACAGGCUAAAUAUACUUUGUUCCUGUCACAGAUUUCUUCAGUAAAAUAUUCUUAUGAUUAAUUUUAGUUCUCCCUGUGCCUUCUCCCCACCAAACACCAUCAGAGAAUCUUCCAGGCUUAACUGCUGAUCUAACAACACCUUAAAUCAUUACAGCCAAGAUGGAGGUUGAGAUGUUCAAGUUGCCUUAACUGGAACAAACAUUAAGAUUUAGAUACUGCAAAACCAAGGCUCCAUCAUCACUGCCUGCUGCUGCUACAUCAGUUAUAACACAGCUUGGAGUGUCCUGCAUUUCCCCAGUAAAUCUUACUUCAGUUUACACUUAGCACUAAAUAACAACACCACAGUAUCUUGUGUUUAAUCAGAAGUCUGUACAUAAGAUUUCCAGUGUGGUGCUUAUGGCAAACAUGGAAAUGGGAAUUUAAACUUCAACUGGUAUCACAACAUACACAGUGCCACCCAGACCAGUAAAAUCACUGCUUAGGCUGUGGGACAGAAAUGUUAACACUGAUUCAUUCUGUGGCAGAACAUGCAAACAAACCGGAACAAUCCUGGGCAGAAACACUUGAAAGAGCAGAACUCACAAUAACCUAUGGAUUCACUAUUUAAGAAGCCUGUAUUUUGUAUUUCUUAGUUUGCUUCAGAAAGCACUAAUAAGCCAGAAGUUGAAAAAUACCAGUGAUUCCUACCCAACAUGGAAACCUUGGAGAUAGUAGAGGAAGGCAGGAUACCUUCAGCAGCACACUUCCAGUAUUGUGAAACAAGUAUAAAGACUGAAGUGAACAUUGGUGUCCAGGGAAAUGCCCUUCUAUGCUUACAGACCCCCCUGUCUGUUAGCUGAGGUGAUCUCCAGGCCUUUCUCAUCUUUCAGCUGGUUACAAGCCCUUUGCAACAAAGUGUACCUUUACAAGCACUUGACAAAAUCACUGCUCUGGACUAUGCCUAGUAUUUUUGGUUUAAAUGUUAUUAAAAUCUUUGCUAUCUUGCUAAAUCCUGCUAAGGAGCUGAAUUUGAACUGAAAAACAGAACCCUGUCUGGAGCUGCUGCUGAGUUUGAAGUAGCAGAACUAGAAGAAAAAUAUUUUCAUUAUUAAAAAUUAUUUUAAAAUGGGUAAUAAUACAGCUAUACUGUAUAUAUUCCUUUAAAGAAGUUCUACUUUGCUUCUUUCCCAAGCAUUUGAGUCUUUUUUUUUAGGCUGAAUCCAAGACCUCAGCAUCAUUUGUGGGCAGCUUCUCUCUGAAGCAUCAGGUCAUUGUUCAAACAACUCUUACUUCAGAAGCAGCACACCAAGAAGUUUCCCUUCAUCUGUCACCUGGUUUAAAUACUUUAAAACCAGGGAUUAGAGUCAGACAAUUUAAAACAUGAUACCAAAUUUAAAAGGAACAGCCUCAGUUAGAAACAAAAGCAAGCUCACCAGUCUGGAAUUUUGUCAAGUUGGAAAAACAGGUUGUAGACUUACAUUUUUGCAACUUCUUUAACAACAUCACGGCAGGUCAUUUCCUUCAUCUGUAGGCAAAAGACACACAGAUGUAAGAUUUCUAUUAAGAGAAUAUAAAUCUUCCCCAGGGCCAGAACAGGAGAUGCUGAGUAUGUGCCUAAUGAGCUUCAUGUUUAGUAAUCAAAGUAACAGAAAAGGCCAGAACCACAUUUCUUCUCUACAAUGCAUCUUCCAGACUGCUCUAUGCAAGUCAUUCUUCCAGGGAAGAAUAUUACAACUGAAAGAUUCUAGGGAAAAAUAUUACAUGGAAAUUCCCCAGUUUAAAGCACUCAUCAGCUGAAAUCUGAGAAGCUCCACUGGAGAUGCUGGCAUCCUAAAAGCUUGACUUGUUCCUAGAUGCUUUAUGCUCAACUGAUACAAAAUAACCACAUGGGAGAGGCACCAUAUAUUCACAUGUAAUACUGGUAUUCCUUCUAGGCUGCAUAGCAAUAUUUUUAGUCUUACCAACAUUUUAUGCAAGUAAUUUUGGGGUUUAAGUAAUGCCCCAAGAAGAGAAUAUUAACAACCAACUGCCUGCCUGGGCAAGGCAUCAGCAUCUCAUUCCAUACUUUCUCAGUUAUAUGACAGUCUUUUGAAAGCUUCACAGUUAAUCAGAACAAAGGCUGGUGCAAAUUUCCAUGAUAUAAUAAACUUGUGUUUUAUAGGUAAACUUUUCUGACCUAUGAAGCAGUAACAUAUUUCCUAUAUUUCAUUAAUGCAAUUUACCAUCUCUUCCAAUUCCCAAAGUAUUUUCAAAGUCUUAGUAUGGAAAACAGUUGUGAGUUGCUGAUGCAGGGAUGAAGAUGACAAGAGUUCAUGUGGAGUGUCUCAGCCCUUUCUGGGGUGAAGCAAUGGGCCAGAGAAGAAAUGUCCAUGCCUGGUUAGACAAAUGUGUGUGCCAUCACAAUCCCACCUGGAGAAGUUCCCUGAACAGAGACCCAUUGGAUUUGUGACACUCGGUCCAGAACACAAAUGUAACUUGUGUCACACAAACAUUUAAAUGAUGAUUCAUGCAUAUAAAGUUAGCAGUCAAACAGGAAACCCUAAGGCAUUACUACUGUCGUGCACAUUUACAGAAAAGAAAACUGAAGUCAAUUUAAUUUCUGCCAUUAUUCUUUUCCCAUCCCAGGUAUGUUAAUUCUGCAGACAAUGAAAGUAAACAAUGUGAACAGUUUUAUCCCAGGAGUUAACCAUGAUCAUGUCCAUGUAUCAAAAAGCUGUCAUAGUAUCAGAGCUGCAGGAGAUCAAGAGAUUAAAACAGUCCCCACUCAACAGGUUUUCCCACAGCUGAGUUUCCACACAAUAAACUGCAAGAGAUGUGAUCAAUGCAGGGUUUCCUUCUUGCCCUCUCAACUACACCAGAGUUUCAGGCCCUGUAUCCUCCCCAGCCACAGGAGCUGCUCUGCAGUGCCCUGAGGCAGGUUUAAAGUCCUGACCUCCCUGCUUAUCUCUCCACCUGCAAUCAUCUCUUCCAACAAACAAAUCUUAGCUGACCCUAAGCUGGAUCACCCCACAAAACCUUUUGUUCUUCUGGUUUUUCCCAUCUUAACUUUGACAAAUUCAUCUUGUCAAAAUCAGCUGUGACCUGGAAACCUGCCCAGUCCACAGUGAACAAAACUUACUGGCAGAUGGGGCUGGACUCACCCCACAGAGCUGUGACAGGAUCCCACACCUGCACUUACUGGGGGACACUGCACACACACCCUAAACAAACACCUGCAGCUGGGCCCUGUGCCACACCUCUGUUCCAUGUGCUGCAUUCUGCAGCUCUGCUGCAAAGUUCCAGUAAUUCACAUCAGUAACUGCAGAAGUUCUGGAAAAUCCCAGCAGUGCACAGAAAUUUAAUUACUUGGAGUAAAUUGUGUGUUACCCAAUACAGCACUGUCUUUUGCCAAUGUGCACACAUGGGAAUUGAAAUUAUCAUUUCCCAGGUGCCACAAUUCCAGUAUAAAAGAUCAAGUGAUCAUGCAGGCUUCUUACCUUUAAUUUGAUAUUCAGACAUCUGAAUCAGAUUCAAAACUGAGUGAAUCGAGUCUAAUUUUUCCUGUAAUUUUUCAGUCAUGGUGAAAAAUGCUACAGCACCAUAAAUACUCUAUUCUUAAAAAUACAGCAAUCAUAUAAACUCUGAACCUUUCCAUGAACAGCUGUGACAUCCCUCUGCAGACCAAAAUAAAACAUUUUUAUAACAGAGCAUCACAUAAAAAUUACAUGAGACAGACCAGAAGAAGAAUUUGGUUCCAUGUUGUCUCCAAGGGUGUCAGAUAUUAAAACACAUGAGGAAGUUGGAAAUCUUUCAGGAUUCUAACCUAAGUUCAAUCAGCUAAAGGACACUUCAAUACUUUU